AGUGUUAAUAAUUUAAAGAAUAUUUAAUAUUUAAAAUUACAAAAUAAUUUAACUACAAAAUAUGUGAGAAGUGGAUAUCUAUACCUUUAUUCUACCAACAACAACAAAAAGUUGUUUGACCAGUUUGGUAAACACAUCGUUUCUGGUUAAGAGCAGCACAAAAUUCCGUCUCUGUUUGUUGGUAUUAAUCAUCGGCCAAGAAACAACUACAACAACAAUAUCAGCAGUGGAAAUAUGGUGUUUAGAAACAAUGGUGUUGUUGUGGAGAUCACAUAUUUGAAUAAUUAAUGUGUAAUUCAAACGUAAAAUGCAAAUUUCGAAAUUAAUUAUUUGUGUUGAAAUUUUCCAGGUUUUGUGCAAGAAUUUUCAAUAAUUUUGACCAUUCAAAUAUUAAUUUUCAAAGUGGAAUUUUCAUCAAAUUUACCCAACUAACAACGACCAAACCAACGAUCUUUUUCCAAUACAUGUAAAUUGUUGUUUAUUUUAUUUUGUGUUACCUACCUGUGUGUGAGUGUGCGACAACAUUUUGUGUGUUUUGUUGUUCUUGUUUUGUGCUUCAUUCUUAUUCACCUUUAUCUUUUGUGUACGUAAACGUCAUCUGUGAGAAGAAAAAAAAAGAAGUUAAGCGCCUAAAUAAAGAAGGCAGGCAGGUGUGUUUCAAUAAGAAAUUCUCAAACCACAUAGAGGGAGAGCGAGAGAGAGCCAGUUUGAGAGUGAGAUCACAAAAGAUCUUUAACUGUGUUGUGUUCACCUACCAUUAUUUGCCCAAGUGGUGAGAGACAACAAAAAUUACCUUUAUUCUCCCUACUCAGAUUUCUCAAGAGUGUGCUUUGAAAUAAACAAAACAAACAAAGAAAUAUUCAACAACAAAAAAGUAAUAUGAAAUAACAACAAAAGUGGAAGAAAUAAAGCAAAGCAAAUGAAAAUAGUGGUGUCUACCAAAAGCAGAAAAAGUUCACAUUAACCCUAACCAAAAGAGUAGCACAACAAAACCCGAUCAUCAUCAUCAUCCCAAUUUGCAUAUUUUGUGCAAUAUCAUUGACAACAACAAAAUAAAAAAAAAAACUACAACGACAACAAAUCAAAAACAAACAAAAAUGGAAGAACUAGAAAGGCGGCAGCAUUCCAGCUACUCAAAAUUAUCCAACGACCAACAAAAGGUGGUGGUGCUGCAACGAAUAUUCCAUCAGCAGAGAAUGUCAAAGAUUCAUUUGUGGAUUACCUUAACAAUCUUUGUGCUCUGCUUGCAUUUCGACAGCUGUCAUUCUUUAGAUGGUCAACAGCUACAACCGCCACGCUUCACCACACAGCCAUCGUCGUCCAGUUCCAUAGUCAGUGAAGGACGAACGAAAAUUCUACAGUGUCAUGCCUUAGGUUAUCCCCAGCCCACAUAUCGUUGGAUAAAAAAUGGCAUACCAGUCGGUGAUUUUUCACCCAGCCAAUAUAUGCGUAUCCUGAAUACCCAGCGUGAGGAUGCUGGCAGCUAUAAGUGUAUUGCAAAAAACGAAGCUGGCUCCAUAUUUAGUGAAACGGUUGACGUUGUCGUCGCAUACAUGGGCACAUUCAACAAUGUAACCGAGGGCCGUUUAAAUGUCAUAUCAGGCCAUCCGGCCAUAUUGGAUUUGCCCGACAUCGAUUCAGUUCCUACGCCCUCGGUGAUAUGGCAAACUGUCGAUGGCCAGCUCAAUUAUGACAUCAAAUACGCAUUCACCAAAUCCAAUCAAUUGAUUAUCCUCAACACCGACGAGGCGGAUCGUCAGGCAUAUCGAGCACGUGCCAUCAACACCCAACUGGGCAAGGAGGAGAACAGCAGUUUCAUACACGUCAAUGUGAGCGGCGAUCCAUACAUUGAAGUGCCACCGGAAAUCAUUGUACAUCCGCAGGAUAUGAAAUUGAAACGUGGCGAACAAGUUGCCGAACUGCAGUGCAUUGCAAAUGCCCGGCCGUUGCAUGAAUUGGAAACGUUGUGGUUCAAGGAUGGCAUAGCCAUUGAGAAUGCCGAAAUAGCGCAUACCCUCAACGAUCCGUGGAAUCGUUCGUUGGCCCUGUUGUCGGUGAAUUUGACGCACUCGGGUGAAUAUUCGUGUCAGGUGCGUUUACGCAGUGGCGGUUUCAAGACAUUGGUGGCGAAGGCCAGAAUCGAAAUACUCGAACCACCGUCGUUUUUUACACCAAUGCGUCAGGAGACAUUCGGGGAAUUGGGUGUAUUGGUCACACUGCCAUGUGAUGUUGUGGGCGAUCCACAGCCAACGGUGACAUGGUAUCGCAAUGCGGAGCCAAUUGAUUUGGCCAAUGAAAAAUAUUCCAUUGGCGAGGAUAAUGCUUUGCACAUCAAAAAACUCGAGCUGGAAGAUUCGGCCAUGUAUCAAUGUCUGGCGCUGAAUGAGGCUGGUGAAAAAUCGGCCUACACUUGGCUGAGAGUUAAAACUAUUAAAUUGCCAUACAAUGGUGGUUUGGUGGAAUACAGUGCUUCAGCUUCAACUACUACAACAACUACUAAUAACCAUAAAAUCUCAGCUACUAAUUACAAACAUAAAACCACAAAAUUCAUUAACCAUCGUUUUAAUAUACCUCAUAAUGGUGCGGCUGCAAAUGCUGCGACAGCUCAAAGUACAACUGCCCCGGCAUUAACGACACCAGUUACAACAGCGGCAGCAGCAGCCACCACAAGAAUCAUCAAUGGCAUCGAUAAUGUCAUAACGGCACCGACAUCAACAUCAACAGCCCAUCAUCAUAGAUUUAAUAAACAGUAUUUUAAGGUGUAUGAAAAAUCGAAAGUAUCCUCUUAUUCUAAUGUUACGACUGCUGCUGCUAAUGCCGGCAGUGGCAGCGGCAGCGCUAGCUCAAAUGCUUCAUCUUUAAUUUCCCCCAUCAUCAACGUCAUUAAUGGCACUAGUCAUGGCGCUCAUCCGACCAACGCCGCCAACACAUAUCCUGGAAAUGCCACAACUAGCAGUAGUAGAGGUAGUACUAGUACUACUACAACCACAACCAAGGAUACAAUGAUUGUUGUUAGUGGUGGCAGUGGUAGUGGUAGCUGUGAUGGUAAUGGUGUUGGUGCUGCUGAUACUGGUACUGGUAAUUGUGCAUUCGUUAGUGAUUUAUUAAAGCGCAUUAAGCGUUUGGCUCAACCGCGCAUUUUACGUGUUAAGUCGUCGCAUGCUGGUGCCACCACGGGUUCAGGACACAAUAACAAUAGACGCAAGGACUUUCGCUUUGCCUCGGCCCCUGUCAUGGAAGUACCACCACAAAAUGUAACCGCUUUGGAUGGUAAAGAUGCAACUAUUUCCUGCCGUGCUGUUGGUGCUCCCAAUCCAAACAUCACUUGGAUUUACAAUGAAACCCACCUGGUUGAAAUUUCAAGCCGCAUCCAAAUUUUGGAAUCUGGAGAUUUAUUAAUUUCAAAUGUACGCGAAUCCGAUGCUGGUCUUUAUACCUGUGUACGCUCGAAUGAGGCCGGCACCGUGAAUGGUGAGGCCUAUUUAGGUGUUUUGGUUCGCACACAAAUCAUUCAGCCACCGGUUGACACCACAGUUCUAUUGGGCCUUACCGCAUCGUUGCAGUGCAAAGUCUCCAGUGAUCCAACGGUGCCCUACAACAUCGAUUGGUAUCGUGAAGGUCAUCCAACGCCCAUUAGCAAUUCGCAGCGCAUUGGUGUACAGUCCGAUGGUACAUUGGAAAUACAAGCGGUACGAGCCUCCGAUGUGGGCACCUAUGCCUGUGUUGUUACCUCGCCGGGUGGCAAUGAAACACGGUCAGCCCAUUUGAGUGUCAUCGAACUACCAUUUCCACCGUCCAACGUGAAGGCAACACGUUUGGAGGGUGCCAACCAACGUGCCAUAAAUGUAUCCUGGACUCCGGGCUUCGAUGGCAAUAGUCCAAUAUCGAAGUUUAUUAUACAAAGGCGUGAAGUGUCGGAAUUGGAAAAAUUCGUAGGUCCCGUACCAGAUCCCUUCCUCAAUUGGAUAACCGAGCUAAGUAAUGUUUCGGCCGAAAAUCGUUGGAUUUUAUUGGAAAGUUUGAAAGCAGCCACAGUCUAUCAAUUUCGCGUAAGUGCCGUUAAUCAAGUUGGCGAGGGUUCACCCUCGGAACCAAGUAAUGUUGUGGAGUUGCCGCAGGAAGCACCCUCUGGUCCACCGGUAGGAUUUGUCGGUUCAGCCCGAUCACAAUCGGAAAUUAUAACACAAUGGCAACCACCAUUGGAGGAACAUCGAAAUGGACAAAUUCUCGGUUACAUUAUACGAUAUCGUCUAUAUGGCUACAACAAUGUACCCUGGAUGUAUCAGAAUAUCACAAAUGAGGCCCAACGAAACUAUCUGAUACAAGAGCUAAUAACAUGGAAGGAUUAUAUAGUACAAAUUGCUGCCUACAACAAUAUGGGCGUUGGUGUCUAUACGGAAGGUGCUAAAAUCAAAACCAAAGAAGGUGUACCCGAAGCCCCUCCCACCAAUGUUAAGGUACAGGCCAUAAAUUCCACUGCCGUUAAGGUGACAUGGACACCACCAAAUCCCCAGCAAAUAAAUGGCAUAAAUCAAGGCUAUAAAAUCCAAGCCUGGCGUACGCAACUAAUUGAUGGCGAAGAACGUGAAGUGGAGGAGAAAAUGAUGACGGUGCCACCUAGUUUAUUAGAUCCCUUGGCCGAACAAUCGGCCACACUGGCGGGUUUGGAGAAGUUCCAUGACUACAAUAUUACCGUAUUGUGUUUCACCGAUCCCGGUGAUGGUGUGCGUAGCUUCCGCAUACCGGUUAAAACCAAAGAAGAUGUACCCGAUGAAAUAACUGCCUUGCAUUUUGAUGAUGUCUCUGAUCGUUCGGUUACGGUGCUUUGGGCUCCGCCCAAAAAUAUAAAUGGCAUUUUGACCGGCUACACAGUGCGUCACCAAGUCAAAGAUCGCCCGGAAACAAUGAGAUCCGUCAAUUUAACAGCCGAAGAUACUCAGUUGGUGGUUAAUCAGCUACAGGCCACCACACAUUAUUGGUUCGAAAUUCGGGCAUGGACCCGGGUAGGUGGUGGUCCACCCAAAACUGCAACCAUACAAUCAGGGGUUGAACCAGUACUGCCACAUCCUCCCACAAACUUGGCCCUGUCAAACAUCGAGGCAUUUUCGGUCGUUUUACAAUUCACUCCUGGCUUUGAUGGCAAUUCCUCAAUUACCAAAUGGAAAGUGGAAGCUCAAACUGCCCGCAAUCUAACCUGGUUUACGGUAUGUGAAAUAUCCGAUCCAGAUGCUGAGACACUAACCGUAACCGGUCUAACACCAUUCACCCAAUAUCGUUUGCGUCUAAGUGCCACAAAUGUGGUGGGAACAUCUAAAGCUUCCGAGCCUACCAAGGAUUUCCAGACCAUACAAGCUCGACCGAUGCAUCCACCAUUCAAUGUUACCGUUCGUGCAAUGUCAGCUACUCAAUUGCGGGUACGUUGGAUUCCCCUACAGCAAACGGAAUGGUAUGGUAAUCCUCGGGGCUACAACAUAACAUACAGGCAGGUGGAAAGUGAAAAUCGCGUUACUCCAAAAAGCGUACUCAUAGAAGAUCAUACGGCCAACUCACAUGUCCUUGAAAAUCUCGAGGAAUGGACGGUAUAUGAGGUUUCCAUGACGGCCUGCAAUGAUGUGGGGCAAUCGCGGGAAAGCGUUAUUGCGGUGGAAAGGACUAGGGAGGCCGUACCCUCCUAUGGCCCUCUGGAUGUACAAGCGAAUGCCACAUCGUCUACCACGAUUGUCGUCAAAUGGGGCGAGGUGCCCAAGCAGCAUCGCAAUGGACAAAUUGAUGGUUACAAAGUCUUUUAUGCUGCCACAAAUCGUGGAGGUCAGGUGCUGCACAAAACCAUACCAAAUAACAGUUCGUUUACCACCACCCUAACGGAACUUAAAAAAUUCGUGAUCUAUCACAUCCAGGUAUUGGCAUUUACUCGCCUUGGCGAUGGUGCAUUGAGUACACCACCUGUAAGAGUACAAACAUUUGAAGACACCCCAGGUGCACCCUCAAAUGUCAGCUUCCCGGAUGUAUCGUUCUCCACAGCUCGCAUUAUUUGGGAUGUUCCUGAAGAUCCAAAUGGUGAAAUUUUGGCUUACCAAGUGACAUAUUCCCUGAACGGAACGUCCAGCUUGAACUAUAGUCGUGAAUUUUCACCAUCCGACCGUACAUUCCGUGCUACCCAACUCUUGGCGGAACGUUAUUACAUAUUCAGUGUUACCGCCCAGACUCGCUUGGGUUGGGGCAAGACAGCAUCCGUAUUGGUUUACACAACCAAUAAUCGUGAUCGUCCUCAGCCACCUUCAAUGCCUCAAAUAUCCCGAAGUCAAAUACAGGCCCAUCAAAUUACCUUCAAUUGGACGCCAGGAAGGGAUGGAUUUGCCCCGCUGAGGUAUUACACCGUGCAAAUGCGUGAAAAUGAAGGUCCCUGGACAUUGCUGCCAGAAAGAGUUGAUCCCUCACUGACCUCUUAUACAGCUACGAACUUAAAACCGCAUACAACUUAUCAAUUCCGAAUUCAAGCUACCAAUGAUUUGGGACCAUCAGCCUUUAGUAGGGAGAGUAUAAUUGUAAGAACAUUGCCGGCAGCUCCAUCGGUUUCGGUGACCAAUCUUAAAGUCGUGCCAAUUACAACAACUUCGGUCAGAGUGAAAUGGAAUGCCUUGGAAACAUCCAUGUGGAAUGGUGAUGCCACAACGGGAGGCUAUCGCAUAUUGUAUCAACAACUUUCCGAUUUCCCCACAGCCUUACAAGCCACACCCAAAACCGAUGUUAUGGGUAUUAACAUUGAUUCGGUGGUGUUAUCGGAUCUACAACAAGAUCGCAACUAUGAGAUUGUGGUAUUACCAUUCAAUUCCCAGGGACCGGGUCCAGCAACCCCACCUGUAGCAGUUUACGUGGGAGAGGCUGUUCCAACGGGAGAACCUAGAGCUGUUGAUGCCGCACCCAUAUCUAGCACCGAGGUACGUUUGCGCUGGAAGCCACCAAAGCAAAGUAUGCAAAACGGAGAUCUGUUGGGUUAUAAAAUAUUCUAUUUGGUAACCGAUUCACCGCAAGAACUUGAGGAUGGUAAAACAUGGGAAGAAGAAAUUGAAGUAGUAUCCGCCACGGCCACAUCUCAUAGUUUGGUCUUUUUGGAUAAAUUCACUGAAUAUCGGAUACAAAUAUUGGCAUUUAACCCCGCCGGAGAUGGACCCCGAUCAGCACCAAUAACCGUGAAAACACUACAAGGCCUGCCAAGUGCACCACAAAAUCUACGUUUCGAAGAUAUAACAAUGCAAUCGCUUAAGGUGUCCUGGGAUCCGCCAAAGUUCAAAAACGGUGAAAUAUUGGGGUAUUUAGUGACCUAUGAGACCACCGAAGAAAAUGAAAAAUUCAGCAAACAAGUCAAACAAAAAGUGUCGGGUACCAGUUUGUUGGUACAAAAUCUGGAAGAGGAAGUAACCUACACCUUCACCGUCAGGGCUCAGACAAUAGAUUAUGGUCCUGCAGUUAGUGAAAAUGUGACAACGGGGCCCCAGGAUGGUUCACCGGUUGCCCCACGUGAUUUGAUUUUAUCCAAGACAUUAUCCAGUGUAGAAAUGCAUUGGUUAAAUGGACCUUCAGGGCGCGGACCCAUAUUGGGCUAUUAUAUCGAGGCCAAAAAACGAGAACGAGGCGAACCAUCAUUUAUUUACGACUCCCGUUGGGAGACAAUCACGAAAACCACCACCGGUACCAUACAAGACUUUACAGUCAGUUACCAAAGUCUGUUGCCCUCGACUGCCUAUACAUUCCGGGUGAUUGCCUAUAAUCGUUAUGGCAUAUCAUUCCCAGUCUAUUCAAAGGAUUCAAUAUUGACACCCUCCAAAUUGCAUUUGGAAUACGGUUAUCUACAGCAUAAGCCAUUCUAUCGUCAAACAUGGUUUAUGGUUGCAUUGGCUGCCACCUCCAUUGUGAUUAUAAUUAUGGUUAUUGCAGUAUUGUGUGUUAAGAGUAAAAGCUAUAAAUAUAAACAGGAAGCUCAAAAAACACUGGAAGAAUCAAUGGCCAUGUCUAUUGAUGAGCGCCAAGAACUAGCCUUAGAAUUAUAUCGUUCACGUCAUGGUGUGGGCACUGGUACCCUUAAUAGUGUGGGUACACUGAGUCGCGGCACAUUGGGUACGCUGGGCCGUAAGAACAAUAAUCGACCACCAAACAAUGUUCAACUGGGUAAAAGUCCGCCCCGGCCAUCUCCUGCAUCGGUGGCCUAUCACAGCGAUGAGGAAAGCCUAAAAUGUUACGAUGAAAAUCCAGAUGAUAGCAGUGUAACAGAAAAGCCAUCCGAGGUUAGCUCGUCGGAAGCGUCGCAGCAUUCGGAGAGCGAAAAUGAGAGCGUGCGCUCUGAUCCACAUUCCUUUGUCAAUCAUUAUGCCAAUGUCAAUGAUUCACUGCGACAAUCAUGGAAGAAAACGAAACCCGUACGCAACUAUUCCAGCUAUACGGAUUCCGAACCCGAAGGCAGUGCAGUGAUGAGUCUCAAUGGUGGUCAAAUUAUUGUUAAUAAUAUGGCCAGAUCGAGAGCACCAUUGCCUGGUUUCUCAUCUUUUGUCUGACAAUCUACAGAAUUGUAAGAUUUAGUUUCAAUUAUCAAUUUUCUCCUCCUGCCCCUUAUCAUUAUCAUCAUACCUCCUCAUAACUGAACAAACAAUCACCAAACACAUUUACAUUACUGCUGCUACUUGGCACACCGUAACUACUUACAAAUCAUACAACAAAAAAACAAAAACAAAAUCAUAUUUUUACUUUCGAAACAAAAAGCUAAAGAAAAAUGAUAAAAAAAUAACAAAAAAAUGAAACACAAAAGAUGACGAAAACAAAUGUCUGCCUAUAUUUAUUUUUUAGUAAUUAAAUUGUAUGUAGGAUCAUAAGAAAUUCUAAUGAAAUUUAUUAGAUUGUUAAGCUAAAGAAAAAGAAAAAACAAAACUUUAUUUAUAUUUAGAAAACGACAACUAGGUAUAAUGGUACCAGAUAUGCAUUCAUUUUUAUUUCCUUUUUCCAAUAAUUAUCACAUUUUCCGUUUAUUUUUUCCUUUCAUAUAAUUUAUUAGACGAAUUGUAUGUUUUUUGUUUAUUAUCUAUUACAACACUGGGCUACAGCUAAAAAAUUGUUUGUAAUUGAGAAGUGAUUCGGACUUAAAUAUGAACAUGUAUUUUAUUCGAUUACAAUUUACAACCUGCUUCUGCUGAAAUUGGCGAAGUAGUACCAAGUCUCUUUUUCAAAAAUAUCCUGUUAAUAAUUUUUAUUUGAAAUCUAAUGAAAUCUUUCAUUCAAUAUAAAAUAACCACCAAAAGUUAAAAAAAAUUAAAUUUCAUUUUUUUUACUCUUCUUGUUGGUUAUUUACAUUGAAACCAACGCCACUUCAAAAUUACAAUUUUGUAGCAAUGUGUUAUUUAGAACUUAAGGCCAUUAUUAGUAUUGUUUAAGAUUUGAAAUGAAACAUAAUACGAUUUGUAUAUUUUUUAAAAGCUAUUUCAAAUGAAUCCUUAUUAAGUAUUAUUCUGUUAAUUGAAUAAUUUACUUAAUUAAUUUAAAAGAGCUUCAUUUAAUAGCUUUUAAAUCGAAACUAAAAUCAAACGAAAAAUCCCUCUCUUUCUCUCCCCAUCCCUAUUGUAUUUGUGAACUACCCCCAAAAUUAAGUAGUAAGAUAAAAACGAAAACAAAUUGUAAGUAAUUGCAGAUUUAUUUAAGUUGUUAAAAUUACAAAAUCCCUUAAGCUCUUGUAAAAUAUAUUCAGAAACACGUUACCAUAGUUAGGAGUUGAUGUGUAAAGUAAAAAUGUGUCAGCAGUUUGUCUUUAAAAAUCUCGAUAAUGAAUUUAAAGUUUUUUGUCAUAUAAAAAAGUUAUGACAAUUUCAAAUAUAACCCAAUCUGUGCGACAGUACUAUGUAAAAGAAGUCAUGACGAUUACAAAUUUAAAUUUCAUUCAAAUGUCUAAGUUAAAAUUGUGUCAGUUUUUCUUGUGUGUAUAAAAAAUGUAUAUUUCUUCUUCAUAUAAAAAAUGAGUCGACAAUUUCAAACUUAACCCAAUCGCUGCGACGACACCAUAUGUCUUUGAACUAAAAUCAAGCUGAGAGAGCUGAUUAAAUCUAUUUAUGCGACGGUAAAAUAAAUUACUUCCAGACAUAUGUAUUUUUAUUAUAGGCUUCGGCAGGCCAAUAUUUGUGGGUUUGAAUCGUUUAAUAAACAUUUCGAAACAAAUGUUUCCGCAAGUAAUGGGUUAAAUCUCAUUCGUAUAUGUUGUUACAAAUUCGAAUUAGUUAUUGUUCACAUGGUUGAUUGGUAUGAAUCCCUAUUUAAAUAAAUAUUUCAUAUUUCAAAACAGUGUAAAUUACAAGCAAGAUUUGAAAUCAGAUUUAAUGUACACAUUAUUAAUGAAUAGUUCUUUAAAAACAAAUUGAAUUUCACUCAUUAAAUUACUCGAAUUUAAAUGGCAAAUGCAGUCAUUUACCUUGAAGUCUUCAAGUGUCAAAAAAAUCUGUAUAAUAACCAAAAUCCUCACGCAAGGUAGCUAAAAACGGACCAGUUGUUUUACAUAAUCUCGACAUGAUUGAAAUCCAAAAUAAACUAGCCCUUCGAUUAAAUAAUUGUUAUUCCGUUUGUAACUCCUCGAAACUCCUCAUGUCAGACCCAGUAUAUAUAUUCUUGAUCAGCCUAAAAUUCUAAGUCAAAUUAGCGAUGUCCGCCCAUCUGUCUUUUGUAAUCAAGCUAUCUUUCGAACAAAUUGAGAUAGAAGGCUAAAAUUUUGCACACAUGUUUAUUCUACCAGUAGACAGGUUAAGUUCGUAAUUGGGCCUUGUAGGUCCACGUUUUCAUAUAGCCCCCAUAUAGCGGCACCUCCGAAUACUCGACAUUUUUAUGAUUUUGGCGACAUUAUUCACCGGAAGUGUUUCAAAUUUGGUAUUUGAAGUUCGCAAUGGAUACUACAGCCUGUGACAGAUAAUUGUCUGUGCAGGUCCACGUCUUCAUAUAGUCCUCAUAUAUGAUGAUUGAUGAUGAUUUUAGCGUCAUUAUUUGCCGGAGAAGAUUCAAAUUACGUAUUUAGAGUUCGUGAUGGGAACUACAGUCUGUAACAGGCCGCACAUAUCAGUACCUCCCUAUAUUCGGUAUUUUGACGAUUUAGGGUACAAUACUCACCGAAAUUGUUUGAAAUGUCGCAUUUGAAGUUUGUAAUGGAAGCUAACAGAAUUUUUAACGGAUUUUAUUUUCUGAAAAUUUCCAAAUUCGUUCCAAAUGGUGGAGGGUAUUUCGGCCGAACUUACUGCUUUUUAACUUGUUUUAAUAUGCUAUUUUAAAGAACGACUUAUCCGAUUUGAUAUAGGUCUCGCUUCGCUUCCCUUUAGCAACAAAUAAUAAAUGUCCUCUUCAGCAUUGAAUUCUAUUCGAAAAACAGACCCUCGCCACGCAAAAACAAGAUGUCACAAAAUAUAGUAAAUGCCUUUAGUUUUUAAUUCUGUUCGAUUUAAUUCCACAUCAUUUUGUCUUCAUAAUUUCAUAAUAAAAUUUAAAACUUGCGUUUAUUUAAAUUAAAAACAUGUAACUAUGGUAAUGUUUCUGAAAUAUUAAUAUGAAACAAAUAUCUGAUAAUAUUGUUUGAAUAUAUCUUUCAAACUUGUGAUAAUAAGACUUUCAAUAGGAACAAAAACAAAAAUCACAUCAACGAUUAUACGUUUUUUCUAUGUAAUUUGCUAUUUAUUUCAUAAACGAAAUAAACAGUGUAAUUGGUUUUAUUUCUUCCUGUGUUGUAUUUUCAGUUAUUUCAUUCAUUUUUAAUUAAUUUACAAUAACGCAAAUCUCUCAAACAUUGACACAUAUUUAUCUGGUGGGGGAUAAAUGAGUUGAGCGAUUAAUUUGAAAACAAAAUCUCUAAUUUUGGCUGUGUCAAAAAUGUGAAAAAUAACUUAUUUUACCUCCACCGCUCAAAAUCCCAAAAAAAAAUUCUUCUCAUUUCUGUCAACUUUGUUAGCACAAACCUCAUCUUUCUAAUUUCGUUUGAAUUUUUUUUUUGUGUCAUUUCAUUGUCGUUAGUUUUUUUUUUCAUUUCUUUACCAUUAUAAUUGUAUAUGAAAUCGUUUAUUAGAUUUAAGAUAACUUUAACUGACCAGACAAAUCUCAUAAUUAAAAAUAUUUUUAUCAUUGUCCUCUGUAUCUGUAAUCAAAUAAAAAUAAAUAAAUGUGUAAAUAUUAACUAUCAUUAAAAUAAA